AUGGAGGUGAGGGAGUCUCACAGAAAGGGGGAAGAAUCUGACUUUCCACAGAACCCUCUGACACCCCUCCCACAACACAGGGGCCUCCGGCAACAGCAGCAGCUUCUGACUCUCCCAGGUGCCUGCUCCGCUCCUCUUCUCAGUGGCUCGGUGCUGCAGAGAGCUUUGUAUCUGCAGCAGCUGCAAGGACUGGACCAGUUUGCAGUGCCACCAGCCACGUAUGACAGUACCGGCCUCACCAUGCCCACAGCAACACUGGGUAACCUUUCCAGCUGUAACUUCUCCACCCUGAAUUUGACCCCCAUUAGUCAUACACCUCAUCAGCUGGUCACCCCAAAUCUUCAACAAUUAUUUCCCCAGGCUGUUCAGCAGUCCCUGUUGGGCCCCCCUCCUUUUGGGGCCCCCUUUAGUCCCUCCCAGGUCAGCCUUUUUAGGAAGGCCCACCAGAAACAGAUCUGGACUUCCUGUUCUGUCAAUACCAAUGACAAGAGGAUGCCUGUAGAAGACAAGUCAGACCCCGCAGAGGGCUCUGAGGACACCGCUGAGGCCCAUAUGGACAGCCCAGCCUGUCUUCCAGACUCAGACAGCUGCUCCCACCCAGCUGAUACCACCAAGAAGCGAGUUCCAGCACCUGAGCCGGAGGCUUGUCAGGCAUCUGGUCCACCUGCUAAGAGGUCCAAGAGCUCAAAAGAAGAUACAGAGAAGUCGUCAACAGGACAACUGCAGGCCAAGGUUCAGCCUUGGGUUCGGAUGACAGCACUCCUCCAGGCACCUGAGCCACAAGAGGCUGGAAUAUCGUCACAGCUUCAGCCAUCCAUCCCACAGACCCACACCCAGGGGCAGCACCAGUACUGGACCCGAGAGCCACCGGUAGAGGCUCAGACACAGGCCCACGCAGUGCUCAGUGUCCCUCAGCAGAUGGCACUACAGACAGAGGAAGAGCAGGUCCAGCCACCACAGCAGCCACCAGAGCCACCUCCAGUGCAGCCGCUGGCACACCCAUCAGAGCAGACCAGGGGGCAGCCUCAGACCAAGUCCCAGACAUCAGCCCCAGAUCAAGCACCAGUUCCAGGCAAUUCCACAGGGCCAGACGCUGCAGGACUGCCUGUGCCCCAGGCUCAGGAUGCUACACUGGGGGCUCCGGGGGCUCAGGUGGGAGAGGAACUCAAGGAAACAAACAUGUCUGUCGUUUCAGGCCCAGAGGAGGCCUCGCUGGAGCCUGUGGGUGCCCAGGGCAGCAUGGAGGACAGCCCAGAGGAGCCGGCCAGUGGCCUGGAAGUGGGAGCACGUGAAAGCAGAUCAAGGGAGCCUCACGGGGUGUGGGGUGCUGGGGUUUCCCUGAAGGUCACCAUACAGCAGAGCAGUGACAGCCGGGCCUUCAGCACAGUAUGUCCCAUGACUGGGCUGCGCUCCAGUGACUCGGCCUCUGCCACCCCUGCCGCCGCCGGUGCACCCUCCAAGCAGAACCUGCAGUUCUUCUGCUACAUCUGCAAAGCCAACUGUAGCAGCCAGCAGGACUUCCAGCAGCAUAUGGUGGGGGCCCAGCACCAGCAGAGGCUCAGGGAGCUACAGCACACCAGCCAAGCCUGCCUGCUCUCCCUGCUGCCUGUGUCCCGAGAUGUGCUGGAGAAAAAGGGCCAAGCGCCUCUACCAUGUCACUGGUGCAACACCUGCCAGGUCUACUACUUCGAGGACCUGAUCCAGCACCGCAGGGCACAGGACCACAAGAUUGCCAAGCAAUCCCUGCGACCUUUCUGCACUGUCUGUAACCGCUACUUCAAGACGCCCCGCAAGUUUGUGGAGCAUGUGAAGUCCCAGGGGCACAAGGACAAAGCCAAGGAGGAGACAAAUGACCAGGAUGAGGAUCACUUCAUCACAGUGGAUGCGGUGGGUUUCUGUGAAGUUGAGGAGGAGGAGAAAGAGAAGGAGGAAGAAGAUGUAGAUGAAGAGAUCAAAGUUGAUGAGGAAUUCUGCAAGCAGGAGCUUGGGGAGAUCGCUGGGCAGGAUGAGGACCACUUCAUCACAGUGGACGCAGUGGGCUGCUUUGAAGGUGAGGAUGAUGAAGAUGAUGAGAUUGAAGUUGAUGAGGAAUUCUGCAAGCAGGUGAGGACCAGAGACAUCUCCAUAGAGGAGUGGAAAGGCUCAGAGACCUACAGCCCCAACACCGCGUAUGGCGUGGACUUCCUGGUGCCUGUGAUGGGCUACAUCUGCCGCAUUUGCCGCAAGUUCUACCACAGCAACUCGGGGGCACAGCUCUCCCACUGCAAGUCCCUGGCCCACUUUGAGAACCUGCAGAAUUACAAGAAGGCCAAGAACCCCAGCCCCACCACCAGGCCUGUGAGCCGCCGCUGUGCCAUCAACGCCAGGAAUGCCCUGACCACCUUCUUCAAAUCUGGUGGUCGUACACCCACCCAGCCCACCAGUCAGGACACAACCAAGACUCCCCAAAAGGUGACAACUCAACAUUGUGACCCUCCACUACCCCGGCGCUCUACCCGCCUCAAUACCUGAUGGUGCUGUCCAGAGUGAUGCUCUUCAUAAUAAUAAAGUAAUAAGUAAAUUAAAAAAGAAUAAAAGGAAAGAAGGGAGAAAGGAAACCCACCAGCUCAUCUAGGCACAGACCUGUGGUUUUCAGAAGUCUUCGAGGCCAUAUUAACAUACUUCGUGUUUGUAAAAUGUCAGGACUGGAGGCUGGGAGGUGGCACACCAGUUGAACGCUAAUGCCUGAGGACCCAGUUCAGGCCUCCAUCCCUACCUGCAGGGGAAAGCUUCAUGAGUGAUACAGAGGGGCUGCAGAUGUCUCUCUCCCUGUCCAUCUCCCCCUCCUAUUUCAAUUUCUUUCUGUCCUGUCAAGUAAAAAAGAAAAAAAUAAUAUAGUUGCUGGGAGUGAUGGAUUUGUCAUGCAGUUACCAAGACCCAGCAAUAAACCUGGUCACAGCAACAAGAGAAAAAAUUUUAAUUGCUUUUUAAAUGUCUGGACUAGAGGAGUGUGUCUGGGAUUGGUUACAAAUGUCUGCUUCUGGGGGGUCGGGUGAGAGGGGAGAGGAUAGCAGCCAUGCCUAGAACCAGUAUAUCUCACAAAGCCAGUCUGAGAAUAUGCUGGAUUUCAUUGUCUAUCUAAUAUCCUUGUAGUCUAGCUGAGGAAACUGAGACCCAAGAAAGAAAGGUCC